AUGGCUCUGAUCACGCCGGCGCCACGACUCGAUAAGAGGGCGGGGGAUCUAUUGGGAUGGUAUUCUGGUGCCACUGGAUGGGAAAAGUUAACGUGUAAUUCUGUUGAGAUUUACACAACAUCUGGAAAAUAUGCUGGGUGUUACGGGACGGCGUACUUGAGUUCAAUGGGCCUGCGUGUGAACUGCCAAAAUGCCUUCAAUGCAUCUUCAACAGACUUAGACGUGACGUUAACCUGCACCGAUACCUCCUGGCCUUGCGUUACACAGACUAUCAUCCAAACCCAGCCGAAUAUCGGUACACUAUACAACUAUGCUUGCGGCGCAGAAGGAGGCUUCGCGGCGUUUACUAUCUACCGAACAACUCAGGCCAGCGCAACCUCUGCAUCCUCCACCUCUGCAUCCCCCAAGAACUCAGCAUCCGGCGCUACUGCCCUGUCCACCGCAGGCACCACUGGUCCCGGCCCUACAAACACAAAAGCCUCCUCUUCAGGGGGCGGAACAAAUACAGGUGCGAUUGUAGGUGGUGUCGUCGGCGGCGUCGCCUUUGCUGUUUUCGCCGCCAUACUGGGUUGGUGGCUCUUGUCACGACGAAGGCGGAACCAACAAAACGCACCCCUUCUUGCUGCUCCUCCUCCCGGCGACGCUGGUGGAUAUUAUGGCAUGGUUGGACAGCCGCAGCAAAAGUAUCCACCGGAUGUGCCUGGCUAUCCGAUUCACCAAUGGGGGAGGACUGAGCUGCCUGGAAUGGAGAGUCAGGUAGUCGUGGGUGAGAUGAUGAGCGCAACAUAG